AUGAAGCUCAACAGCUCAGGUCGGACAUUGGUGGUUUCUAGCUUCCUAGGUGUUGCAGGAGCUUUGCAGUGGAUCUACCAGACUGGGACCAGCGGAACUGACUUUGUGCGCGACGCGCAGGCUCCGGCAGACAGGGUCGUUGUGCUCGACCAGCAGAAACCAGUGGCAAGCUCUGGGGACAUCGUGAUCGCCGGCAGUUCCACUGGAAGCUUCGGCGGCUACACCAACGCGGGCGAAUAUGACAUGCUUGUCAUGAACUUUGCAAUGGACAUUCCAGACUGGGACCGCUGGGUGGAGAGCUCCGGGAAGAUUCUGGCAGCCGGUCAUUCCCAACAAAGUUUUCAGGGCCACACCAGUGCGGGCGAUUACGACAUGGUUGUCAUGGAACUCAACAGCGCAGGAGCUUUGCAGUGGUCUUUCCAGACAGGGACCACCCGGGCGGAUUAUGCGCUUGCAAUGCAGGUCGAGAGCUCUGGGGACAUCGUGAUCGCCGGCGAGACUGCUGGAAGCUUCGCGGGCUACACCAACGCGGGCGAAUAUGACAUGGUUGUCAUGAAGAUUGCCAAGGAGCUGGGCUGCUUGACUUGCACAACUUCCGAGACCACCACAGGCUCGUCCACCAGUUCGACAAGCACUGCCAGUUCCAGCUGGACAACAAUGACAUUGACUCCAGGAAGCCUUCAGACGAUUGCGGCGCAAUUGACGGAGGCGGUGGAGUCCCUGGCCACCCAUCAGGCCGAGUUCGCAAAGCAGAUGUUGGAAACUGCGACAGACGGACUCCAGCGUGAGAUGCAGGAUGCGCAAGGCAUAUCGAUGGUCAGCGUCGCCUUUGAAAUUGCCGGGGGCGAUGUGAUGUUGGAGAAUGAGAACAUUUCUGUCCUGCUGCCUGCAGCCUCCUUGCCACGCCUGGGAGAGGUCGCUGUCAUGAGCACGGCUAAAGUGACUGGUGGCAGCAUGCUGGCGAAGCUGAUCCAGGCCUACAACGAAGCUACCGCUGCUGUCCAACUCGCUGAACCAGUGUCCCUUCAUGUAUCUGCCGCCGGCCAGUCAUUCGCGAGUGCGCCUUUGCAGUUGACCAUGCCCAUCACACAUGGCAGCGAGCUUGAAGAGAAGGCAUGUGUUGCCUGGGAUGCGCGUCUCCACGCUUGGACCACGCAUGGCGUGGCCUUGAGUGCCUCUGACCACUACUUCGCGACGUGCUCCAUUUGGUUGCCAUCCCCAGAAAGUCCUUCUGGCCGCAGGUUGCAGACGCUUCCGCCAAGCCUCUUCGGCCUCAUCAUGCCAAGCAACCUUCCCCCUGCGCCCGCGGAGGAGGUACCGUGGGCUCUCGUGCUGUCCUUGGUGGCCGGCUUUGCAGCCAUCGUCGCUGGGCUGGGGGUUUGGAAGCUGCGGAAGACUUUGCGAGCUCGCGGUUCUGCAGUGGAACCAGCUACUGGCUGCUGCGACACGGGCGAGCGCAGCCAGGGCGGCGAACAGGAGUCAGGUGCGACGAGCACCCAGCAGGGAACGGAGAAGACUGUCAAGCCGCAGGCGCGCUUGGCGAUGGUUUCAGCCCGCUUUAACAGCAGAAACAAGGAGAUGGAGGAGAAGUUCCGCCGUGUGUGCCGAACCCUUCGUGAACGAGACUUGGAGGUUCUUAUGGUCCAAGCAGGCGCUGGAGAGGAUUUUGCGCGGAAGACCAUGGGCUACCUGCACAGGUUGCAAAUCGAGAACGGCGUUAUGCUGGCAGUGUGCACCACGGACUAUGCGGAGAUGACGGAGAGUCAAUACUCCUCACAUGCAGAGCUCCAGUAUGCCUUGGACAACAGGAUUGACAUCCUCCCCUUGAAGGUUGAGGAUACGUAUCCGCCAGAGCCCCCAUGGGGAGAGGACCACCCGUUUGACAAAGAAGGAGUUGCUCGUGUACUUGUACGCUUGGCAAUGCGAAAAUCCACAGUCUUUGUGGAUUGCGUCGGCCAAGCAGAAGACUACAUUGCAGAUGAGAUUGAAAGGGUGCUACGACCUUCCUCCCAACUCAUUCGAGGCCGGAGCGGUCAUGGAGCGAAGUCUGAGUCUGCAUUGGCUGGCGAAUCUGAGUAG